GUCAGAGAGAGAGAGUGAGGGAGGGUGUUCGGCUGAAAGUGUGUGAGUAGAGAGACAGAGAGGAACAGAGAGAGAGAGAAAGAGAGAGAGAAUCAGUAGUGUGUGUGUGUGAGAGGUUGAAGGAUCACUUGUAUCCUGUCUUGUUUUUGGGAGACUAACCUUGUUCAUCUGAGCAUUGUGGGACUGUUUUAUGUUGUUGUUGACGAGAGAGACGGACCCUUACUCCAGCAUGCUCACUGAGCCUGAGCUACCUCAGGAGUGUAACAGGAUGUCUUCCAAGCGACCAGCCUCUCCAUAUGGGGGGACAGAUGGAGAGAUAACCAUGGCAACCAGCAGACAGCGAGUGGAGGAUGAGGAGAGCGAGGGACUGGGCGGUGUCAUCCACCUUCCUCUGGCCUCCUACUGUGGCAAGGUGUCCCCUCGCUCGCCCCCCAUCCGCAGCUUGGACAGCCCCCCCAACAUGGAGCAGGACUGCACUAAGGGGAGCUCUCUGAGCCCUUACCCCCUGCACAAUGCUACCUCACCUGGCAAAGAAGACGGUGGAGGCGGAGGGCGGCCCUGCAGCGACGGGGGCUCAACCACAGGAACCCUCGGGACCCCCGAGAGACGCAAGGGCAGUUUGGCAGACGUGGUGGACACACUGAAACAACGCAAGAUGGAGGAGCUGAUCAAGAAUGAGCCAGAAGAGGCCCCCAGCAUUGAGAGGCUGUUGUCUAAGGACUGGAAGGAUAAACUUUUGGCCAUGGGCUCAGGGCACAUUGGAGAAAUUAAAGGUACCCCAGACAGCCUGGCGGAGAAAGAGCGCCAGCUCAUGGGCAUGAUCGGCCAGUUGAGCAGCCUGAGGGAGCAGCUCCUGGCGGCCCAUGAGGAGCAGAAGAAGCUGGCCGCCUCACAGAUGGAGAAGCAGAGGCAGCAGAUGGAGCUGGCCAAGCAGCAGCAGGACCAGAUUGCCCGGCAACAGCAGCAGCUUCUGCAGCAGCAACACAAAAUCAACCUCCUGCAGCAACAAAUCCAGCAGGUCCAGGGCCAGCUUCCUCCCCUGAUGAUUCCCGUCUUUCCUCCAGACCAGAGGACUCUGGCAGCGGCCGCAGCCCAGCAGGGCUUCCUCAUGCCCCCUGGCUUCAACUAUAAGCCCGGCUGCAGUGACCCCUACCCUCUCCAGCUCAUCCCUACAACAAUGGCUGCUGCUGCUGCUGCUGCCACACCAGGGCUGGGACCCCUACAGCUCCAGCAGUUGUAUGCAGCUCAGCUGGCAGCCAUGCAGGUUUCCCCGGGGGGAAAGCAGCACGGAGGAAGUUUACCUCCCCAAGCCAACAUGGGUACACAUUCCCCACCCACCAAAACACACAGCCAGAGUGAAAAGGGCCGCAGCUCCCCGCUACAACACAAGACCAAGGACAGUGAGGGUGCACAGCCACUGAACCUGUCGGCCAAGCCUAAGGCAUCCGAGAGCAAGUCACCCAACUCCCCCCCAACUUCCCCACAGGUCCCUGCGGCUGCCGCCACCAAGCUGGGCCCUGCCGGCUCCAUGAAGCACAGCGUGGCCCCCUCCAGCAUCGGUGGACCACCAGGCAGAGUCAGCUCUAUCGCAGACUUGUUGUCCACGCUGUCCUCCACGGCCUACCUGAACGACCACGAGGCCGUGAGCAAGGCUUUCGCAGAGGCCCGGCAGAUGAAGGAGCAGCUGAAGAGAGAGCAGCAGGUCCUGGACGCCAAGGUCGCUGCCGUCAGCAACCUCAGCCUCAACAACGGACGCUCAGACAAGGACAAGGCUGCCUUGGAGAGUCUGAGUCAACAGCUGAAGCAGCAGGCGGAGGACAAGUUCAACCACGCCAUGUUGGACUUCACUAUGAGCGGAGACUCUGACGGCUCCCCCAGUGUGUCAGACUCCAGAAUAUUCCGGGAGGCCCGGGGUCGUGGCAACGCCGAGCCCCACAUCAAACGGCCGAUGAACGCCUUCAUGGUUUGGGCCAAAGACGAGAGGAGAAAGAUUCUGCAGGCCUUCCCUGACAUGCACAACUCCAACAUCAGCAAAAUCCUUGGUUCACGUUGGAAAGCCAUGACCAACCUGGAGAAGCAGCCGUACUAUGAGGAGCAGGCUCGCCUCAGUAAGCAGCAUCUGGAGAAAUACCCAGACUACAAGUACAAGCCGAGGCCUAAACGCACCUGCCUGGUGGACGGGAAGAAGCUGCGCAUUGGAGAGUACAAGGCCAUCAUGAGGUCCCGCAGACAGGAAAUGAGACAAUACUUCAGUGUGGGGCAGCAGGGUCAGCUGCCCCUCUCCUCUGCAGGCGUGGUUUACCCCGGUGCCCUGUCGAUGGCAGGACUGCCCUCCCCCCAGAUGCCAUCAGAGCACUCCAGCAUGUCCAGCAGCCCCGAGCCAAACGCCAACCACCACCAGAACCCCCACAUGCCCGGCCUGAAGGGCGACGAGCCGCGAAUCAAGGAGGAGGAGCUAAGGCUGGACGACAGCAAUGGCGACGUAUACGACGACUUCGACUACGAGGACGAAGAGGCCGACUAUACCAGCGAUAACGACAACCAUAUCACCGGAUAGGAGGCUGUGAGACACGCCUUCUUUUCAAGCCAAUCACAGCUGGUUUAAUCCCACACAAUCCCAAACCCACCAAUCAGGAAGAAAACUUUUCCUUUUGCCAAUCACUUCGAACCUCACAAAACCCUACACCCCCCCCCCCCCCCCCCCCCCCCUGCCCCUCCUGAUUAACAUGGACUCUUCUCACAGAGCCAAGCCCCUCCCACUGGAGUCCUGAUACCAGCAUCUGAUCAAUCAACUGAAGCACAGGACCUGUCAAUCACACUGACUGUUACGCAAUCCAGAGUCCUGGAGGAGGAGAAGACUAAGCCAGCUCUGAAGGAUGCUGAGGAAUCUUCAACUACUACUGCAGGAGUGUAAUGUCACGACUGAGGAGAAACAAACAUCACACCUUUAAGACCCCUCUGUGGGAAAGGAGACAUUUCAAAUAAAAGACAGAAGAGUGGAACUGUCUAAGGCUAACAGAUGACACUUUAAGAUGACGGACCUGUUUACUAUCAAGAGACACUUUUAAAAAAAACAGCUUUUUUUGUUCUUUGGUUCUAUAAUAUUCUCACUCAGGUACACGGUGCCAAUAAGUGGCUUGUGAAUGUGAUUUGUUGUUUUUUGUGCUACAAGUUUGAAUAAUAAUAGAAAAAAGAGACAAUUCCUUUUUUCCCCUUUUGUUGUAAAGCACCUGAAAGACAUCAAGACAUGUUUAUUUUUAACGAGAACAUAUCUUUUCUCUGACCUCGCAGCGUGCAGUCAGCAGUUCCCCCGCCCUAUUUCGCUGUGUUUUUGUGAUUGCUCGCUCCCCCCCUUUUACGCAAUCCAAUGGGACAGUCCAGCCAGGACUGACCAGUACAGCGUGGACUGUCCCACUUCAAGAGAUUUUUUUAAGGAGGGGAGGAGAAGGGGGGUCCCUUUGGCGUUGUGGAGCAGAAACAAAAGCACUGUGUAGUGAGACAAUCCACCAGUUGUCUUCUCGCUGCGUCCCUCGUUCCUCACCUCUCAGCAGACAACCAUCAGCUCCAAUGAUCUGAACACCCCAAAGUGUGUGAGUGUGUGUGUGGAGUCAUUUUAUUUAUCUAGCUCUUCUUCUCUAGUGAAAGAAAAAGAGUUAAGAAGUUCACGAGACACAGAAACAGGCAACUAAGGAUCCAGUUAUUUAGCGUACACACACACACACACACACACACACACACACACACACACACACACACACACACACACUGUUGUUCUGCCAGUGUUUUAUCGCUCCCUCGGACCCUCAUGGUCCUGCUGUCCCCGGCCGGUAGAGCUGAGAUGAAGUCAGCCAGUCAGUGUUUCUGUUUGUAUUUGAAUACUGUAUUUUAUUAUUUCUCUUCAAACUGCCUCUAGUCUAAUAAUAUUAUUAACAAUAAUUAUAAGGAUGGUCAGCGUUUCCUGAGUUUAGUAAGUUAUGUACAGUAUAAUUUAUUUUUCUCCUCUUUCUCUGGUUUUUUAUGACCACAUGAAACUAUGACAGUCGAUGAUACAUUAUUCUAUUUAGCUGGUAGGUAUUUAGAUCUAAACAAAAGUUGUCAUUUUACCUUGCUUUGUUUUGCCUUCUUAUGUUCCCUUCUUUUUUUCGAUGCAUUCGUUUUGUAUUAAUUCCUCUGGACGGGCAAGUGGGCGGAGUCAGGACAGCGAGCUGGACCGACAGACUCGACGCCAGCCCUCCUCAGAGCUGAAGACGUAACCUUUUGUCCAAACCCAUUUCUAAAAAGCACUCAGACUCUGUGCAGUCAGAGAUAAAUGAAAUACAUGUUUUUUAUUGUUAUUAUAAUUUUAUUUGUAAUGGUUAUUAUAAUGUAUAAUGUGAAGUUUCCUCUCUCUCUUUUUUUUUUUUUUUUUUUCACUUUUGGAAACAGUUUUCUGUGAACAAAGAGUCCCGUCCCCGUUUACUUGUUUGGCCGCCUCACUGAGACACAGUGGAGCAUCUUUGGCUUGGAUCCACACACGCACACACGCACAAACACACAAUCACUUACACACACAUACACACUUUUAAAAUGAAGAGAUUAUCAUGACAACCAAACAAAUCCUAUGCUGUUCUUUUUCUGUUUCUUGAAAUCUACUGUUCUAGAUUGAAAUCUUGUACAUAUAUUUAGUUUGAUGGUUGUUGUUUUUUAAUCAUAGGAAAGCAGUGUUUACCGUGAUCCACCAAGGGUGUUUCUCUGUCUUUUUGUGAGUGAGACGGCCAGGCAUCACUAUCUUUAAAGUCACUUCUCAUCAGGAGCCCUUUGCUUUGUUUGAGCUCCACACAGUGCUGCAGGAGCCAUGACUACUCUUCAGGUGUGCUGCCACAUAGUGAUCCCCAAUCAUCGCUGUAGAUGUUUGCUACAUGCCACAUAAUGAGCCUCUGGGUCUUCAUUUUGCUGUAUAGUCCUCCCUGUCGUCACACCAUGGUUCAACCCAAUGCUGGAGACAGGGGACUAAGUGGAUGAGUCCAUUUUUUUGGGUAUCGGGUAGGGGGGGUGGGGCAUUAAGACGUCAAUCAUCCCUGCUGGCAAGGUCUGUCCCCAUAUGAAGACAAUGAAAAUGAUGAAGAUGAUGAUAAUAUUAUUAUAAGACAAUCAAAGUCAUGAGUGGAGCUCAAAACAAAGUGAGAAUUAUUACAAGUAAAAAAAAAAAUAUCUUACCAUCUCAACUUGAAAAAUCAAGAAAGAUAAUUAUGUAAAUAUAACAUAGAGUUAUAGAUUUAUAUUUUGUUCAUAACACAGUGUAAUAUAAGUUGUAUAUUUCUUUUUUCUCUCCCUACUGUCUCUUUUAUUGAUGUUAUCCAUGCCACAGAAAAGCAGGAGUCGCAGAACUCUCACAAAAAAAUGAAGAAAAAAUAUCAAAGAAAUAAAGAAAAAACAGGAAAAAAAGCCGUGGGCUGCCACCACCAUCUGUUCUAAGUUCACUUUUUUUCAGUAUUACUGCCAGACAAGGCUCUAAUAAAGACAGCAAUGUGUUCUGUAAAAACU